GUCAGUCAGUCAAGGAUAUAAAGUCCCGAUGUUUGAUGGCACUAUCUGUACUGCACUGGUCAGCUGACUGAGGUCAUCAUGUUAAAAUUACUUUUUCUCCUGAUUAGUAGCUUGCUGGUCUGGUCUAGCGCUCGAGUUCUAGACUCCCGAGAGUAUUCAUUCUCCCAGCUGAGUAUAUGUGGAGUCAGUGAAGCACAGCUGAGUCCUGGCGCGGUCCUGGAUAUUAAAAGUCCAAACUUUGACUAUGGCUCUUACUCAAUCAAUACGCGCUGUCAGGUGACCCUAAAGUCAGGCCCAGAGAAUCUUUUACUCACUUUCGAUUUCCUCAACAUUGAUAUUGAAUUAGAAGUUGGGGCCUGCAGUUGGGACAGUCUGUGCAUUAACGGGGUCAAACUUUGCGGAGUGUGGGCCCAAGGCAGCGUCUUCCAGUACAUCUUGCCCGCAAACAGCGACUUCACGCUGGACUUCAAGACUGACUACGUCGUCAAUCGCCGUGGGUUUGACAUUCUAGUCAGCGCUUCUUUAUACAACAAUGAGACUGUCAACAUUACGUACGGAGGAGUGGGCACGAGCAGGGAGGCGCUACAAUCUCAACUUCUGACGCUGGAGAACCUAAACUACCAGGACAGGUGCGGACUCCAGAGUGAAACUAGUACAGGCUACCCUGGUGCUCCAUGGACUAAUGAGACCACAGCCUAUUACCAGUACACCAGUAGUUACCCAUGGUAUUAUGAUUCCUCAUCCUAUUACCAGUAUAGCACUUACUAUCCAUGGAAUUAUGACUCCACAUCCUAUUACCAGUAUACCACUUACUAUCCAUCGAAUUAUGACUCCACAUCCUAUUACCAGUAUACCACUAACUACCCAUGGUAUUAUGACUCCACAUCCUAUUACCAGUAUACCACUUACUACCCAUGGUAUUAUGACUCCACAUCCUAUUACCAGUAUACCACUAACAACCCGUGGUAUUAUGACUCCUCAUCCUAUUACCAGUAUACCACUAACUAUCCAUGGAAUUAUGACUCCACAUCCUAUUACCAGUAUACCACUAACUACCCAUGGUAUUAUGACUCCACAUCCUAUUACCAGUAUACCACUAACUACCCAUGGUAUUAUGACUCCACAUCCUAUUACCAGUAUACCACUAACUACCCAUGGUAUUAUGACUCCUCAUCCUAUUAUCAAUACAGCACUAGCUAUCCUUACUAUUACGAAACUAGCACCUAUAACCCAUACUCCACCUACUACCCCUACACCACUGGCAACCCUUAUUACAACCCUUACACCCCAGUAGCGUCCGCCUUCCCGUCCAAAGAUUACGUGGCUUCUUUGGUCCAGCAGGUCAUCCAGCAGCUGAAUUCAGAGAGGUACAGUCAAGAACAGGCCAGCUUACUUUUGACCCAGUUGCUGCGUUAUUUGGGGUAUUAGUGAACUAUACAUUUCUUUCGUAGUAGAGCAUCAUGUGUGUAUGCACUUUCCCUUUUAAAAGUCGAAUUUCUUUCUUACUUAAAUUGUUUUCAUCUGUCGACCUAAUGAAAGACUAAAUAAAAUAUUGUCUUAAUUGAUUCAA